GAUGCCCCCACCCCUUCUGGCCUGAUUGCUGACUGGGCCUAGGGGGAAUGACCUGUAUUUCAAACCUCCACCACUCAGUUUUCUGAAAAAGACUGACAGACAGAUUCCGAAAAUGGCGUCCUUCAGAAUUCUGUCAAAAUCAGAGCAAUUUCAUAGAAGUAUAUCUUCAGUGAGAAGACAAAAAGGAAUACUGUCUGUGCAGUAUGGCAAGGUAUGAGCACCUUUAUAAUUUUAUUACAACAUCAACUGUAUGUGUAUUAUAUGUGUAUAAUAAACCUGAACAUGAUGUAAUAUGUUGUUUAAUAAUCCAGUAUAUCAAGCUAGUAUUGUAUUGCUCCAUACACAAUGCAACGAUAGUGUGCUAAAUUGUGACUAUUGAUACUGUUUAGUGGUAUGGAGCUGUUCUGAACCUCUCAAGUGUUUUAUUCUUGUCUCUGAAGUUCAUACAGUAUGUGGGAGUGCUAUAAUAGUGUGGAUGGGUCACUCAGAGUUCAAAUGGAUGACAACUGUCUGAGUGGAGAGCAUUAGAAUAAAUAAAGUAGGAAACCUACAAGCUUUUCUACAAGUUUUUAUUCUAGAAUUAAUCCUAGUCCAUGAGAGCAACCAGGCAUAGGGCUACUUGAAUCACUUUGAAUUUUAAAAAAAUGCCACAACUCCUUAACAUACCUUUUUCCCUCACAAAAUGGGGGCAUGAAGGAGGGGAUUGAACUAACUCUAUUGGUUCACUGGUAAAAUCCAGGUUUACUGUGAUGUCCUUGUCCAAAUUGUCAUGUGGUUAUUUCAGUGUGUUCCUCACCCCCAGGUGUAUGGCUGUUACUUCUCCUCCUCCUGCCCCAGGGAUGCACGUUUCUUUACCGACCCCACAGAGGCAGUGAAAGACAUCCCAGAUGGCUCCACUCUACUGGUGGGAGGUAGCAUACUGUGCCUGCUCUCAGGCCUUUUUCAUCACAUAGUCAUGCUUUGGUCAAAUGUCAAAUUCAAACGUUUUGCGUUUCUAUCCUCACACAUUUCUUCUGCUUCUGGGAAAACAAUAAGUCAUAUUUGUUUAAGCGCAAAUCAUUAACAUUCCAUGUCUGCGCUUGUACAUUAUUUUUGGGUAAUGUAAAGGAUAAUUCAGAGUUUAAUGUAUUCUUGUGAAUGUUUUCCAGGGUUUGGUUUAUGUGGAAUACCAGAGAAUCUGAUUUGGAGUUUAUUGAAGACUGGAGUGAAAGGUAUCACAGCAGUCAGCAACAACGCUGGGUAAUUAGGCUACUACAAAAUGAGUGUGUGUGCAUGUGCCUUUGAGUAUGGUUGUUUUUGUGCAUGUGUUGUAUGUAUCUAAGCAAGAUAGAAAUGUAUUUGUGUUAUUCUAAUGUGGAUAAAUCUGUGUGUGUCUAUGCAGGGUGGAUAAUUUUGGUCUUGGUCUGCUGCUGAGGACCAAGCAGAUCAAGCGGAUGAUUUCCUCCUACGUUGGGGAAAAUGCAGAGUUUGAGAGACAGUACCUUUCAGGGGAACUGGAGGUGGAGCUAACUCCUCAGGUUAGACUCUGAUGAUUGUGUGUCAUUCUAAAGUAAUUUCUCCAUCUGGUUGGUAAUGAAAAGUUAUUUGCCUGUCAUGCUCGCUAAAAUAAGUUUAUAACAUGUUUGUAUCUUGUUAUAGCCUACAUGUUAGAUUGUGUUAUGAUCUUCUUAUACCAUGCUUGUUACAUCUACUUAAGGGCACCCUGGCAGAGAGGGUACGUGCCGGCGGUGCUGGGGUCCCUGCCUUCUUCACACCCACUGGGUAUGGCACACUGAUCCAGAAGGGAGGCUCACCCAUCAAAUACAACACAGACGGCAGUGUGGCCAUCGCCAGCAAGAAGAGAGAGGUAUGCAAACACACACACACACAGAUAUUCAUAUUGAACCUUUAUUUACCCAGGAUAGUGUCACUGACAUGACAUAUUUUUUCCAAGAAAGACCUGGUCAUAUUAGAGAGGUAGAGGGAGGUUGAACACUAUGGGGUCAACUCAGCUUUUACUCCUGACCCUGACACAUGUGAUGUCAUUAUCCCACAGGUUAGGGAGUUCAAUGGCAUCCACUAUGUCAUGGAGAGAGCCAUCACAGGGGACUUUGCUCUGAUCAAGGCCUGGAAAGCUGAUAGAGCCGGAAACAUUGUGUUCAGGUGGGGUUGGCAGAUUUUUCAACAACCUUCACAACAAUCAUCAUAAGAACGUGUUAUAUUCAAACUCCACAAGAGGUCAGCAUUUUCUAGCAUUAUGUUGCGCCACAGCUAGUGCUAACAUUCGAAAUCAAUUUCAACAGACAACUGUCACUGUGAAUGAUUAUAUAGUUAAUGCACGGACUCGACUGAGUAUCAUGAAAAGUUUAUUGUAUGCUGAUAUGCUGUCUUUGUCUUUCUACAGGAAAACAGCACGGAACUUCAACCAGCCCAUGUGUAAAGCAGCUAAAGUCACCAUAGUGGAGGUUAGCAUGUCAAUGAACCAGUUUCAAUUAACAGUUACUUCAACUAUCAUGUGUGGCCUAAAAGUUUCCUGAACCUUACCCCAAACUUUUAAACCCUAACUGGUCUUCGGUGACUGCUGCCUUAGGUAGAAGAGAUUGUAGAUGUGGGGACCUUUGCUCCUGAAGAUAUCCAUGUCCCCAGCAUCUAUGUGGACAGGAUCGUGAAGGGGGCGGGCUAUGAGAAGAGGAUAGAGGUAUGCCUGCCUGCCUGUUUGUCUGUCGCAGGUACUGUGUAAUCAGUUGUUUUCUCUGUGUUAUUGAUUGGCAAUAAUCCCUGGUCACUGUGCAGAAGAGGACGGUCCAGAAAGGCUGUAUGGAGACGCCCAAACCCAAGAGCAAGGCAGACCUGCUCAGAGAGAGGAUCAUCAGGAGGGCAGCGCUGGAGUUCCAGGAUGGGAUGUAUGGUAUCCUUUACACAGGAUCAGGGCCAGAGGGAACAGUGUGGAUUGAUAUUGAUACAUGUGAGGUACAGUGCAUUCAGAAAGUAUUCAAACCCCUUGACUUUUUCCACAUUUUGUUAGGUUACAGCCUUAUUCUAAAAUGGGUUAAAUAAUAAAUGUUCCUCAUCAAUCUACACAGGUCCUAAUCCAGGCACUUGUCAUCUCCCGUCUGGAUUACUGCAACUCGCUGUUGGCUGGGCUCCCUGCCUGUGCCAUUAAACCCCUACAACUCAUCCAGAAGGCCGCAGCCCGUCUGGUGUUCAACCUUCCCAAGUUCUCUCACGUCACCCCGCUCCUCCGCACACUACACUGGCUUCCAGUUGAAGCUCGCAUCUGCUACAAGACCAUGGUGCUUGCCUACGGAGCUGUGAGGGGAACGGCACCUCCGUACCUUCAGGCUCUGAUCAGUCCCUACACCCAAACGAGGGCAUUGCGUUCAUCCACCUCUGGCCUGCUGGCUCCCCUACCUCUGCUGAAGCACAGUUCCCGCUCAGCCCAGUCAAAACUGUUCGCUGCUCUGGCACCCCAAUGGUGGAACAAGCUCCCUCACGACGCCAGGACAGCGGAGUCACUCACCACCUUCCGGAGACAUUUGAAACCCCACCUCUUUAAGGAACACCUGGGAUAGGAUAAAGUAAUCCUUCUAAUCCCCCCCCCCCCCCAAAUAAAAUAAAUAAAUAAUAAUAAUUGUAAAGUGGUUAUCCCACUGGCUAUAAGGUGAAUGCACCAAUUUGUAAGUCGCUCUGGAUAAGAGCGUCUGCUAAAUGACGUAAAUGUAAAUGUAAAUGUAUUCACCCCCCCCCCCAAGUCAAUACUUUGUAGAGCCACCUUUUGCAGCAAUUACAGCUGCAAGUCUCUUGGGGUAUGUCUCUAUAAGCUUGGCACAUCUAGCCACUGGGAUUUUUGCAAAUUCUUCAAGGCAAAACUGCUCCAGCUCCUUCAAGUUGGAUGGGUUCCGCUGGUGUACAGCAAUCUUUAAGUCAUAGUCUCAAAUCUCUGGAAGACUGAAACAGGUUUCCCUCAAGAAUUUCCCUGUGUUUAGCGCCAUCCAUCAUUCCUUCAAUUCUGACCAGUUCCCCAGUUCCUGCCGAUGAAAAACAUCCCCACAGCAUGAUGCUGCCACCACCAUGCUUCACUGUGGGGAUGGUGUUCUCGGGGUGAUGAGAGGUGUUGGGUUUGCGCCAGACAUAGCGUUUUCCUUGAUGGCCAAAAAGCUCAAUUUUAGUCUCAUCUGACCAGAGUACCUUCUUCCAUAUGUUUGGGGAGUCUCCCACAUGCCUUUUGGCGAACACCAAACGUGUUUGCUUAUUUCUUUCUUUAAGCAAUGUUUUUUUUAUGGCCACUCUUCCGAAAAGCCCAGCUCUGUGGAGUGUACAGCUUAAAGUGGUCCUAUGGACAGAUAGUCCAAUCUCCGCUGUGGAGCUUUGCAGUUCCUUCAGGGUUUUCUUUGGUCUCUUUGUUGCCUCUGAUUAAUGCCCUCCUUGCCUGGUCCGUGAGUUUUUGUGGGCGGCCCUCUCUUGGCAGGUUUUUGUCGUGCCAUAUUCUUUCAAUUUUUUAAUAAUGGAUUUAAUGGUGCUCCGUGGGAUGUUCAAAGUUUCAGAUAUUUUUUUAUAACCCAACCCUGAUCUGUAAUUCUCCACAACUUUGUCCCUGACCUGUUUGGAGAGCUCCUUGGUCUUCAUGGUGCCGCUUGCUUGGUGGUGCCCCUUGCUUAGUGGUGCCCCUUGCUUAGUGGUGUUGCUGACUCUGGGGCCUUUCAGAACAGGUGUAUAUAUACUGAGAUCAUGUGACAGAUCAUGUGACACUUAAAUAAAGUCCACCUGUGUGCAAUCUAACUAAUUAUGUCUUCUGAAGGUAAUUGGUUGCACCAGAUCUUAUUUAGGGGCUUCAUAGCAAAGGGGGUGAAUGUUUUCGAAUUUUUUGAAACAAGUUAUUUUUUUCAUUUCACUUCACCAAUUUGGACUAUUUUGUGUAUGUCCAUUACAGGAAAUCCGAAUAAAAAUCUAUUUAAAUUACAGGUUGUAAUGCAACAAAAUAGGAAAAACGCCAAGGGGGAUGAAUACUUUUGCAAAGCACUGUAUAAGGUCCCACAGUUGACAGUGCAUGUCAGAGCAAAAAUCAAGCCAUGAGAUGAAAGGAAUUGUCCGUAGAGCUCAGAGAUAGGAUUGUGUCGAGGCACAGAUCUGGGGAAGGAUACCAAAAAAUUUCUGCAGCGUUGAAGGUUUCCAAGAACACAGUGGUAUACAUCAUUCUUAAAUGGAAGAAGUUUGGAACCACCAAGACUCUUCCUAGAGCUGGCCGCCCGGCCAAACUGAGCAAUCAGGGGAGAAGGGCCUUGGUCAGUGAGGUGACCAAGAACCUGAUGGUCACUCUGACUGAGCUCCAGAGUUCCUCUGUGGAGAUUGGGAGAACCUUCCAGAAGGACAACCAUCUCUGCGGCACUCCACCAAUCAGGCCUUUAUGGUAUAGUGGCCAGACGGAAGCCACUCCUUAGUAAAAGGCACAUGACAGCCCGCUUGGAGUUUACCAAAAGGUACCUUUUAUUUUUAUUUAUUUCACCUUUAUUUAACCAGGUAAGCCAGUUGAGAACAAGUUCUCAUUUACAACUGCGACCUGGCCAAGAUAAAGCAAAGCAGUGCGAUAAAAACAACAACACAGAGUUACAUAUGGGGUAAAAAAAACAUAAGGUCAUAAAAUACAAGGACUAAAGGACUCUCAUACCAUGAGAAACACGAUUCUCUGUUCUAAUGAAACCAAGAUUGAACUCUUUGGCCUGAAUGCCAAGUGUCACGUCUGGAGGAAACAAUGCACCACUCAUCACCUGGCCAAUACCAUCCCUACGGUGAAGCAUGGUGGUUGCAGCAUCAUUCUGUGGGGAUGUUCUGCAGCGGCAGGGACUGGAGACUAGUCAGGAUCGAGGAAAACAAUUGAAUUUAUUUUAGAAUAAGGCUGUAACGUAACAAAAUGUGGAAAAAGUCAAGGGGUCUGAAUACUUUCCGAAUGCACUGUAUAUACAGUAUGUAGACAUGGUGGAUGUGAUUGGUUAUUAAUAGGUGCCUUGACUACAGCCCCUUCAGCAAACCUUGGUAUUGGGAUCCCCAUGCUGGCCAGCAACUUCAUCAGCUCUGACAUCACUGUGCACCUACAGAGUGAGAAUGGACUUCUGGGCCUGGUGAGCCACAUGAGCUGUUAGAUAUAGAUUUACCAAUACAAAUAUAAAUACUGUAUUCAGGAAAGUGGGUGCCUUCUCUUUGACGUAGUCCAGUGUGUGUAUCUGUGUCAUUGUGUUUUUUUGUCUAUGAUUAUAAAGGGUCCUUAUCCCACCGAAAGUGAGGUAGACCCAGACCUUAUCAAUGCAGGUGCGUACAGCAUGCCCUUACGUCAACACUACACCUACAUAGUUGUAGAAAGUCUUUGGUUGGACAUGCAAUCCUCAAAUCAAAGCUUUCUUGGAACAUCUUUCCUGGCCUUUACCCUCCUACCCUCUGACCCAGUCUCUGUACGUGUUAUUUAGGUAAAGAGGUUGUAACUGUGGUUCCUGGAGCCGCGUUUUUCUCCAGCGAUGAAUCAUUUGCUAUGAUCAGGGGGUGAGUGCUCAAACCAUCUACUGUACUCCCCGAUCUUUAUCUUCGCUAACCUUAGUAUCACUUUUUCAUUUGGAGUAGCUGAAUGUAACAUUAACUACCUCUCUACCUUCAGUGGCCACAUUGACCUGACCAUGUUGGGAGCCAUGCAGGUGUCUAAGUAUGGGGACCUGGCCAACUGGAUGAUCCCGGUAUGAUCAUGUCUCUUUCACCCAGCUGGCCGAUCGUAGGAAUAUGUGUGCAUAAUGAGUGUUUCAACAUGUGUACUCUCUCUUCAUUGACUUCCACAGGGAAAGAUGGUGAAGGGAAUGGGAGGGGCUAUGGACCUAGUGGCAUGUGCAGGAACCAAAGUGGUGGUGACCAUGGAGCAUUCUGCUAAGGUACACACUGAUACUCUCCCACCAGUACUUCAUACACAUGGUUUUAGACCUUACUACUGUACCUAAUACACUAUAGUAGUGUACCCUAUACUUAACCUUAUAUUAAACCUUAUCGCCUCACAAACUUAAGGGGGACAAACACAAAAUCCUGGAGAGUUGUACUCUGCCACUGACAGGGAAGCAGUGUGUGGAUAGGAUCAUCACUGAAAAGGUGAGCUUUUUAAAUAAUGUUAAGCUUGUCAGCGUCAAUCUCCUCUUCCUGUAUGCACUCAGUCACUCACGCUUUUCCCCUAUCGCCCUGUCUCCCAGGCAGUUUUUGAUGUUGACAAGGCCAGCGGCCUCGCUCUCAUAGAGAUCUGGGAGGGGCUGACUCCUGAUGACAUUAGAGCGUGCACUGGCUCAGACUUUGCUGUGAGUUUGACAAACAUGACAAACCCAUCAUAUCUCCACUGAUGAAUCAUGGGAUAACUACUGACUCAUUAAAUAAACACUGAAUGUUCUGUGCUUCCAUUAUAAUGAAUGACUCAACUCUGAUCGCUGUUUGUGUUUCUUUAUAGGUGUCCCCAAAUCUAAGACCAAUGCAGCAGAUCUGA